ACUCCAUGUGCAUGAACACCCACCACCGCUAGCGCAGGUCGCAAGACCACCUUCAAUACCUUUCUCGUAGGGCUGUAUUACGUCUUUAAUACCCAAUAUGCCAACACCGCAAGCAAGCCAAGCGACUCGUCACCGAGUCCUAGCUCUGUACAAGGAGCUUCAUCGGUUAGGUCGUGAUUACCCUGAUCCUACGUAUAACUUCCAUGGAAAGCUACGCGGCUUAUUCGAGAAGAAUAAGAACCUGACAGACCCAGCUGAGAUCGAGAAAGCUAUCAAGCUUGGAGAGUAUAUUCGUAAUGAAACACUAGCAUUAUAUUCACUGCGGAAGUACCGCCACUUGAAACGAAUGUACCCCUUGGAUUCGAAAGCUGAUCCCCCUUCUUGAAGUAUGACGACUAUAUUGUAUGCGGUUAAUUCACUUGAAUCUUGUUGUGGGCGUCGUCACCGCCAGUUCGGCCUCCACGACCAUAACGAUGUUGUUCGACGGGUCAAGCUCAGUCACUUCCUUCAAGAGGGAGCUCAGAACUUCUCGGAGUAGGCCUGAAGCAUGACUAUCAUAGACCAAAUACUUUCCCGGACAUUCCAUCUGAUGUGAAGAUGAAUGUAUUUCCAAUUAAGGCAAAUGUUAUCAUUCUAGUACAUCAAGUACACUACAGAUACAAAUGCAGAAUCGAAGUCCUAGUUAUACAC